AUGUUGGUGUGCAACGAGCGGCAGUCCUCUACCUGUUCCUCUGUAGCAUCUGUAUACCUCCCAUACAAGGAGGAAGCUGCUAUGGUCAUACAGCGGUUCAUGAGGGACCGGUGGCGCUCGAGGCCUGUCCGUCCUCCAUGGUGGAGUCAAUACGGGCUCAACUGUCUUGAGGCCAUACCGUUGUCAAGACGACAGCAUGCGACUGUGAUAAUACAGAGGAGGUUCCGGCAGUAUCUCAUUAAAUUGGUGACCAAACGUCGUAUGAGGUAUCUGAGGCACUAUGAGGUCUUCGGUAGGCUUAUGGAGUAUGAGCACCCGAAGAAGCCAGCGAAUUUUGAGCAACAGUGGGAGUCCCUGUAA